AAACCUCCUCCUCCUCCUGAAGGUGAAGGUCAACCCGAGGAAGAGGAAGAAGAGGAGGAGGAGGAGGAGGAGGAGGAGGAAGAGGAGGAGGGUAGCGAUGGUGGUGGUACGACCCUGACGACGACCACGACGACUACGUUAAGAGGAGGAAGGUUCCCCCGGAGGGUUGUGGUCGUAAUGGCGAGGGUCCACGGGGGGGAAAGUCCCACGUCCUUCAUUGUGCAAGGGAUGCUGGAGGCCCUGACAGGUACAGGACACGUUGCAAACAAGUUGAGACGUCACGUGGUCUUCCUAAUCUUACCUAUGAUGAACCCAGAUGGCGUCUACCUCGGAAACUACAGGUCUACGUUGAUGGGGUUUGAUCUGAACAGGGCGUGGGCGGAGGCGAGCCAGUGGGGGCAUCCAACCCUCUAUGCCACCAAGGAACUCUUAUUGAAACUAAACGAGGCUGCGUGGUGUGAAGUUGACCUUGUACUGGACCUGCACGCCCAUUCCUCCCUGCUCGGUACCUUCAUCUACGGGAGCUCCUUCGAUGACGUGUACAGACACGAGCGUCACAUUGUGUUCCCGAAGAUGCUAAGCCACGCCUGCGAAGACUAUGCCCACUACAACACAAUCUACAACAGAGACCCGUCCAAGGCUCACACGGCCCGGAGGUGGCUCAAUACACACAUGAAGGAUUCCACGAACAUAUACUCCGUGCAUACCUCAAUAUACGGCUACACCAACGCCAAGGGGGAGGUCGUACCCUACUCAGAAGAACUAUACCUCCGUACAGGGCGCGGUGUGGUCAAGGCUGUACUGGAUUACUACAUGUUUCUGGGCCUUGUACCCCACGCCACGCCCCACGCUCUGCCCCUACACGACCUGCCGCGGGGGAGGGGUCCAGGCAGCCCCCCCCUACACGCCAGGCAGGCCGCGCAGGCUAGAUCACACGCCCAUGCUCACGCCAGCCUUCUCAUGGCGCGGCACCAGCACCAGCAGCCCCAGGAUCAGCCUCGGGGCCGGGGGGGCGCGCGUCCCCGGUACCUGCGGUGGGUGCCCCCCAGCGACAGCAGCGGCACCCCCACCGAGGAGGAGGACGAGGGGGGCGAGGAGGGGGGCGAGGAGGGGGGCGGGGGUGACGAGGGCGUGAGCAGCGGGGGGGAGGGAGCCAGCGAGGCGAGCGGCCUGGCCGUGCACAUCCAGCAGAAGGGCGGCGCCCCCCCGCGGCCCCCCCCGGCCGGCGCCAGGCCCAGGACGCCCUGCCCCCGAACUCCGCCGCGGGGCUGCGCCCCCCUGCGCCACGCACGUACUACGACUUCCGCCGCCUCACGCGGCCCCGACGCUGCUGACCCGGGCACGCCGCCCCCGCGCCGCCGGCCCUGCCCCGCCCGCCCCCGCCCGCCCGCGCCCCCGCCGCCCCCACCGCCUCCGCCGCUCCGCAGGCUGGCGGCGGGCGGCGGCUUCAACGCGGCGCGCAUGGCCGAGAGGGGGCGAGGGGUGGGGCGGGGGGCGGCGCCCCCACGCGGCGUGCGGACCAUCCACGUCAACCAGCUGACCAUCGGGGGGCACCGGGGCGCGGCGCCCCCCACGGGCUGGCCGGCCGCCGCCCCCCGCCGGCCGCCCCCCGCCCCCCUCCCGCUGCUGCGGCGCUUCCUGGACCCCCACGCCCCCCUCUUCUGACGCCCCCGCCCCCCGCAGCCCCCCCUGCCCCCCAUAGCCCCCCGCGGGGCCAUGGCAGGGGCGGGGGGGCCGCCCGGGGGGAGGGGGGCCGAGGCAUGGGGGUGGAAGUAGCCACAAACAACUCUCUCUCUCUCUCUCUCUCUCUCUCUCUCUCUCUCUUUAAACUAUUUCCCUCACCCCAACUUUCCUCAAUUUUCUUCUUCCUCCUCCUCCUCCUCUUCCUCCUCCUCCUCCUCCUCCUCCUCGCUCAUCGUUCACAUUAUUAUCAUCAUCAUCUUUCAUAUCCUCCCCUUCCUUCCUCUCUUCCUCCUCCUCCUCCUCCUUCCAGUCCGGGCACGUUCUUCCUUCUAUUUUCCAGCUUUCCUUUCUAAUUUUCCUCCUCCUCCUCCUCCUCCUCCUCCUCCUGCUCCUCCUCCUCCUCCUCCUUCUGCCAGUCUAAGUCAGAUUUUUUUUUUUUCCCUCCAAGAGAAACAAACUUUGGA